AUGGCUGGGAAUGUGGUACAGUUUCUCAGACUUCCAGUGCUGGCAUCGUCGGGUUUGGCCAUUAUCGCCAGUGGUAUGCUCUAUUUCAAGCAAAAUGAAAUAAUUUACCCUCGUAACGUUCCUAUUGGGUCCCGUACUGAGGUCCCCAAACCAUCGGAUUUUGGGAUGAACGACUAUGAGGACCUUCGAAUCCCGACUCCCGAUGGAGAAUCUCUCGCUGCGCUGUUUAUCCGCCCAUCUCAUACGCGACAUUCGAAGCCUAAAAUCACCGUUCUCAUGUUUCACGGUAAUGCAGGAAAUAUCGGUCACCGUCUUCCCAUUGCGCAGGCCUUAGAACAGUCCCUCAACUGUAAUAUUUUGAUGCUCGAAUAUCGCGGCUAUGGCCAGUCUACAGGCACUCCCGAUGAACAGGGCUUAAAAAUUGACGCCCAAACCGGUUUGGAUUACAUUCGCCGGCGCGCGGAGACAAGCGAUACAAAAGUUCUGGUGUACGGUCAGAGUAUUGGUGGUGCAGUCGCGAUUGAUUUGACUGCAAAAAGCCAGCAGCGAGGCGACGUAGCAGGAUUGAUACUGGAGAAUACGUUCUUGAGUGUUCGAAAGAUGAUUCCAAGUGUCUUCCCCGCUGCCAAGUACGUUGUUCGUCUUUGUCACCAAUACUGGGCUAGCGAGGAUACAUUGCCCAAAAUUACACAGGUCCCAAUUCUGUUCCUGAGUGGGCUAAAAGAUGAAAUUGUCCCUCGGCCCCUUAGCCCCAGCCAUAUGGCCCAACUUUUUUCAAUCUGCAAAUCUAGCACCAAAGUUUGGCGAACUUUCCCAAAUGGUCAACACAAUGAUACCGUUGCUGAACCAGGGUACUUUGACCAUAUUUAUUCAUUUGUCGUGGACCACGUUCUAGACGACUGA